CUGCGGACCUAGUCCGGGUGUUUGCGACCGGCUUCAGAGAGAUAAUCAUGGCAGCUCGCACCGGUCAGAGGGCCCUGGCGAGGAUGGUCUCGGGGUGCCGCCCCGGGUUGGCGACAGCAGCCGCGGUUCCGGCGCAAAGGUCUGCGCGGAAUGUCAGAUAUUUGGCUUCCUGUGGUAUACUGAUGAGCAGAACUCUUCCACUACAUAACUCUGUUUUGCCUAAGGAGAUAUAUUCAAGAACUUUCUUCAAAAUCGCUUCACCUUUAAUAAACAAAAGAAAAGAAUAUUCAGAGAGAAGAAUUAUAGGAUAUUCAAUGCAGGAAAUGUAUGAUGUAGUAUCAGAAAUGGAGAAUUACAAGCAUUUCGUUCCUUGGUGCAAAAAAUCAGAUAUAAUAUCAAAGAGAUCUGGAUAUUGUAAAACACGAUUAGAGAUUGGAUUUCCACCUGUGCUGGAGCGAUAUACAUCAGUAGUAACCUUGGUGAAACCACAUUUGGUAAAGGCAUCCUGUACUGAUGGGAGACUUUUCAAUCAUUUGGAGACCAUUUGGCGUUUUAGCCCGGGUCUUCCUGGCUACCCAAGAACUUGUACCUUGGAUUUUUCAAUUUCUUUUGAAUUCCGCUCCCUUCUACACUCGCAACUUGCUACACUGUUUUUCGAUGAAGUUGUGAAACAGAUGGUAGCUGCCUUUGAAAGAAGAGCAUGUAAGCUGUAUGGUCCAGAAACAAGUAUACCUCGGGAAUUAAUGCUUCAUGAAGUUCAUCACACGUAAAGGAAAAAAAGAACUGGUGUCACCUUCAUUUAAUUUUAGUUCACUUUUAGGAGCUCCAUUGAAAAUUUGCACAUAGAAUAUGGACCCACUUGUACAUAGAAUUAUUUCUUCAAUCAAGUAUAAUUCAAAGUAAUGCGUACCUCAACAGGUUCUACAUUUAUGAUAAUGGGAUAUCAUCACUAUUGCCAGAAUAUUGACAUUAUUCUUCUGUACAGAAGUUGAAACUGUAAAUUCAAUUUUUUAAAUUAUCACCUUACCUGAAAGAGGUUAGUUGAGAUACUCCCUCAGUGGAGCAUCUCCAUAUAUAUUAAUCAUAUCAUGUUUAAGUUAUUACAUUCAGAGUAUUUGUAACUUAUUGCUAUAGGGCCUGCCAUAUGGCCUAGAAUAUUUGAGUAAUCAUCAUCCAUUUAAAGUAAAACCUUUGAUUUAAAAUUCUGUUAAUGAAGGUUCCCACUUCACUUUUUGGCACUUUUGGUAAUUUUAAAUUGUUCUUGUGGUUAGUAGUAGCUAAUUCACUGUUAUAGUGAGGUUAGCCCCCAGGUAAAUACUGAGGGUGUUUGUUUGAUUUGGUGUUUUGUUUUGUUUUGUUUUUGGUGAGUGGUCCAGAGCUUUAUGGUACUUUUCCAGUAGUUUGCAGCCUUCUCCCAGGUUCUCUGGCUGCUCUUUCAGUAUUGCUAAUCACGCGUCAAAUUUUGUCUACCAGAGUAAGCAACAGAUGAAAUAAGUUGGUUGAUAUAUCUCCAGCACUAUGCAUCCCUAUUUUCUAUUUAUUGUGUGUACUCACUUUCAGUAAUAUAGUCCAAACAUAUUUUUUUAAAUAAAUGAAUAUAAGGACUGAAGUAGUAACUUAAUAAAGUUAAUUUGUCUAUUUUUUGUA